AUGUCUCGCUGGGCAUUACUCAUCGGCGUCAACUUCUACCCUACCCAACCCUUGAAAGGCUGUGUGAAUGAUAUCAAACUUAUCCAGCGCUAUGCCGAAAGCAAUGUCCCGAGUAGUCAAAUAUCCGCCCUAACAGCGACAACGCCUGAACAACCGGGCUCCAAGGGGCUCACUGGAGACCCUGCGAAAUGGCCUACUUUAUCCAACAUAAGAGAGCACUUGACCAAGAUCCUCUCCAUGUCAGAGCCUGGCGAUCAGGUGCUUAUCCACUACUCGGGCCAUGGGGAUCGUAUGCUUUCUCCCAAAAAUCCUUCCCCACAUAUUGUUGCCGAUCAUCAUGUGGCACUGGUGGUUUUGAACGAGGAUGCUACAGAUACGGCAGAUCUGCAGGGCAUCGUCCUCGCCGGCUACAUAAAUCGCAUGGUUGAAAAGGGACUCCUCGUUUCUCUCGUUCUAGAUUGCUGUUUCUCCGGGGCCUUUUAUCGCGAGAAUUGUGAACCGAACAGUGCGGUGCGAACACUCAUUAAGGCGUCUGGUCAAGGAGAGCCCACCACUUCCACGGGACAACGUGGUAAGACAUCGAAUAUCUUCAGGGACGCCCAUACCCUUCCAAGUUGGAUUGUUGAUCCAGAUGGGUAUAUGGUCAUUGCCGCUUGCGGACCUCAUGAGCUUGCACGCGAGAGACAGUUCGAUGGAAAGUGGCAUGGUGUACUUUCCUACUACCUACAUGAAACCCUGAAAUUCAUGGAGGGCCAAGAUGGCUCUAUAUCCUAUCAUACCUUUCUGAACAAUUUGGUCACCAACAAUUAG